AUGUGCCAUGGCAGGAUAGCACCAAAGAGCACCUCAGUGUUUGCCAGUACCUCUGUGGGACAUGGAGUAUUCCUUCCGCUGGUGAUCCUUAGCACCCUGCUUGGAGAGGGACUUGCAUCAGUGUGCCCCCGGCCCCCGGAGCCAGAGAAUGGUGGCUACGUCUGCCACCCCCGGCCCUGCAGAGACCCCUUGACAGCAGGCAGUGUCAUCGAGUACCUGUGUGCUGAAGGCUACAUGUUGAAGGGUGAUUACAAAUACCUGACGUGUAAGAAUGGCGAGUGGAAACCAGCCAUGGAGAUUAGCUGCCAUCUCAAUGAGGACAAAGAUGCUCACACGUCACUUGGAGUUCCCACACUGUCCAUAGUGGCAUCCACUGCCAGCUCUGUGGCACUUAUUCUCCUCCUUGUGGUGCUGUUUGUGCUGUUGCAGCCAAAGCUGAAGUCUUUCCAUCACAGCAGACGUGACCAGGGGGUGUCUGGGGACCAGGUCUCCAUUAUGGUGGAUGGCGUCCAGGUUGCACUGCCGUCAUAUGAAGAGGCUGUAUAUGGCAGUUCCGGUCACUGUGUGCCGCCCGCUGACCCCAGAGUACAAAUUGUGCUGUCAGAAGGGUCUGGGCCGAGUGAGAGGAGUGUGCCGAGGGAGCAGCAGCUGCAGGACCAGGGCGCCUGCUCCUCUGCGGGUGGAGAAGAUGAGGCCCCCGGCCACUCUGGACUAUGUGAAGCCUGGGGCUCCCGGGGCUCCGAGACUGUGAUGGUGCAUCAGGCAACCACCUCUUCCUGGGUGGCUGGCUCAGGGAACAGCCGCCCCAUACACAAAGAAGCACCAGAUUCUGAGAACAGUGACAUACAGAGCCUUCUAUCCCUCACGUCAGAGGAGUAUACAGAUGAUAUUCCACUGCUGAAAGAAGCCUGA